CGGCGCUGACCCCGGCAUGGUGAGCGGGGGCCGGUCCCGGGGGGUCCACCCGCAAACUGGGACAUGUCCGGGCUGUCCGGGAGGGCGGUGAUGGGGGUGCAGGUGCUGGUGAGCCUGCUGGCUGCCAGCCUGAUGCAGAAGAUGGCCCCACACUGCUCCUUCGCCCGCUGGCUGCUCUGCAACGGCAGCCUGCACCGCUACAAGCACCCCUCGGAUGAGGAGCUGUGUGCCCUGGCAGGCAAGCAGCGUCCCAAGGCCAGGAGGGACAGGAGGGCGAACGGCGUGACGGACGAGAAGCCGCUCUCCGUGCCCCGGGACAUCGACCUCCACCUGGACACCAGCCCCAUCACCGCCGUGGAUGCUCUUGUGCUGCGUUAUUUCCUGGAGUACCAGUGGUUCGUGGAUUUUGCCGUCUACUCCACCGCCGUGUACGUCUUCACCGAGGGCUACUACUGCCUGCUGGACCCCCAGAAGGAGAUGAACAUCGGGGUGCUCUGGUGCCUGCUGACUGUCUUCUUCUCCGUCAAGGUCUUCUUCACGGUGAUGCGCCAUUACUUCUCCUCGGAGGAGGGGGGUGAGCGCUCUGUCUGCCUCACCUUCGCCUUCUUCUUCCUCCUCCUGGCCAUGGUGGCCCUGGUCAUUCGUGAGGACUACCUGGAGUUUGGCCUCGAGCCCGGGCUGGCCAGCGUCAGCAACAACCUGGAGAGCAUCCUGAAGCAGAGGGGCUGGGAGUGGACGUUGCCCCUUGCCAAGCUGGCCUUCAAGCUGGGGCUGGUGGCCCUGUGCUCCUUCCUGGGUGCCUGCCUGACCUUCCCGGGGCUGCGCCUGGCCCAGACGCACCUGGACGCUCUCCGGAUGGCGGCCGACAAGCCCCUCGUCCAGGUCCUGCUCCACGGGAGUUUCCUGGCACCUGUCCUGGUGGUGGUGAUGUGGAUCAAGCCCAUCUCCCGGGACUUCCUCCUCCACGCUCCCAUGGGCAAGCAGGCGGUGCAGAUCAUGUCGGACUCUGCCUACAACACCACACGCCUCUGGGCCAUCGUGGGGCUCUGCCUGCUGCGCCUGGCUGUCACCCGCUGCCACCUCCAGGCCUACCUGGGCCUGGCCCAGCGCUGGGUGGAGCAGAUGAGGAAGGAAGCCGGACGCAUCCCCGUCCUGGAGAUCCAGCGCAAGAUCACCAGGAUUUACUGCUACGUCUCCGUGGUCAGCCUGCAGUACCUGGGACCCAUCGUCCUCACCCUGCACUGCACCCUGCUCCUCAAGACGCUGGGGCACCACUCCUGGGGGCUGUACCCGGAGCCCCCUCCUCUCCCAGCAGCAGUGAGGGUGGCACCGCCGCGUCCCGGCGGCGAGGACGGGGAGGACGUGCGUGUCGCCGUGGAGCAGAUCACCAGCGUCUUGAGCAGCAUCUUCACCCCACUCUUCUUCCGUGGACUCUUUGCCUUCCUCACCUGGUGGGUGGCCGCCUGCCAGGUGGUCACCAGCCUCUUUGGCCUCUACUUCCACCAGUACCUGGCAGCCUCCUGACUGGGGGAAACUGGGACCUGCCUCGGGGCGCAGUCGCUGCCCGGCUCCUGCUCCCCUCGCUCCUGCCUGGGCUGGUUUCCCCCUUUCCCCAUGGACACAAGUUUGGGGACAUUUCUGCCACCAGCUCUUGGCAUGACAGGUUUUAUGCACGGGGGCUGGGGUGGGCAGCACCCACUCCUGCUGCCCCUCACCACUGUGCCUGUGCUCACCCCACCCCGGGCUCUGUCCCUCCAGCCCCAAUUCCCCUUCCCCCUCCCCAAGGUUCUGCUCCUACCUCUUUUUUGAGGGCAGCAGGUCCUGCCAGCCCCAGGCAGAGGGGGACUUGGCGUGGACUGUCCUUGUGUGGUGGAGACCUGGCAGCCCAGCUGGAGCCAGCAGAGACUUUGGGGUUUGCUCUGCCUGAUGUUUGAGGGUGUGUUUUUGUAGGGUCAUUGCUCUGGCCAGCAGGGUUGGAGCUCCUUGGGGGGGGAGUCAUCCCUCUGCUUUGUGUGAAAUCCUCAGGCCCUCCAGCCUCAGCUGUUUGGCUGUUUUAGAAAUAAAUAGGUGACCCAGAGUCUGUUUGCCAGGCUGAAAGCUGCUGCUUUGUUUGCACUUGGUGGCCCCAAAGCCCCUUGAGGACAGGGGGGGGUCCCAGGGGGUGAGGGCAGCUGAUUUUGGGCAAGUGGGUGAGCAGCAAAGCUCUGUGCACAUUAUUGCACUUUAACAAACCCCACAGCCCAGUCCCAUCACACCCAGGAGAGCUCACCUUCACCCCACCACAGCCUGACUGGUCCUGGCCCUUCCUCCCCUCAGCAAUGGGAUCUUCCCGGGGCUGAUAAAGCCCUUCUCAGCCCAGCAGCAGCUGCAGGGGAGGGGACAGGGUCUGUGGCCCCUUGUCCAGCCCAGCCCAGCUCUUCCCCACCAUGUGGUAGGUGCUGGUCCAGCUGCAUGAAAAAGGAUUAGCAGGUCUGGGCUGCUCAGAGAAAGGGAGAAGGGCUCUGAUCCUAUUUGAUAGCCUUGUAAUGGUCUUAAUUCCCUCUUGCUCAGGGCCGGGAUGAGAAGGCAGCCCUUGGCCUGGCCUUAACAGGGCUAAUCCCAGCAGCCCUCCCCAGCUCCCCAGCACCAGACACAGUAAAUGCCCUUUUGCAAUAAAAAUUACAAGGAAAUUCCCCUUCAGCAAAGAGCUGGGGAAAGCAGAGCAGCACCAUCAACCAGCACAGGGCCAGGAGGAAUUUGGCUCUGGCAGCAGUGUCACUGAGAUGUGGGUGGAAAGGUGCAAGGAAGGAGGAUUCCCCCGGGGCCAGGAUGCAGAGGGACUUGUCCCAGCCUGCACCGUCCCAUUAAAAGCUCGUCCGACUGCCUUGAUGGCUCAUUUAUCUAAUUUUCCUUAAGCAUGUGGAGGAAGCAGCCGGGGGGCUGAGCUGGCAGGGAAGCCUCGGCGGCAGGAGGGUGGUUGCUAAGGCCUGGGGUUGUGCUGCAUUCAGACAUGCAGACAGUUCCUCCCCUGAGAUCUGCCCAGACGUGACCCUCUCAGGCGGGGACAAUGACUGAUAGACUAGCCAAGAGCAGGAGACACAUCCACAGGCACUGAAAUUG